AUGGAAGAGGGAGUCUCCAGACGGACUGGUCAGUUAAGAGACAUAUUUUGACGGGGGAAUAAAUCUUGUUCUAUCUCUGUUCCUCACCUGUCUUUCAGAUGCUUCACCUGACAACAGGACGCGUGGCGUGCUUGCUUUCGAAGCGAGCGGUGGUGGCACUGACGAACAGUGGCGCGAGGAUGUCAAGCCAUGGCCACCACGGUACUAUUCUUUCAUGUUCAUUGCACUGCAUGCAUAAUUGUCUGUAGGAAAAAAAAAAAGUUUAUUUUCAAUUCAACUGUAUCAAAAAAGUAUUACAAUACACGUACGCCUAGUUUGUUGUGUAGGCCUACUUGUAUUCAAGCAAGGUGAAUUUGAAAUGAUAUCGCCUGCUGCGGAGCAGGGUGAAAUUUUUUACAUUUACAUUUUCGUCAUUUAGCAGACGCUCUUAUCCAGAGCGACUUACAGGAGCAAUUAGGGUUAAGUGCCUUGCUCAAGGGCACAUCGACAGAUUUUUCACCUAGUUGGCUCGGGGAUUAGUACCAGCGACCUUUCGGUUACUGGCACAACACUCUUAACCACUAAGCUACCUGCCGAAAUCAGCAAGCUUACUGCAUUUAAACAUUUUGCCAUUGUGCAGACUGAAAAAUGUGCUGUUUUAUAAUGCUAUUCUACACAUUUUAUCAUGAGGCUAAGAGAAAAUGUUACCAGUUUAAAGCACAUUUCCUGCAAUUCUACACUUUUUAUCAUGGGGCAGAGAUUUUUUUUGCUGUUUAAUAGCUCAGCUCAUGCUUUUGUUCACAUUUUGUCAUAGAAUUUUGCACCUUCAAAAGCACAUUUCCUGCAAUUCUACUCAUUUUGCUACCAUAUGCUAUCUGGGGGCCCUGGUGCAUGUGCCCUGUGUCGCAUAGGAGUGACACAAUCUGACGUAAGACAAUGCUCUGAGGUCUAUAAACCUCUAAACCCCACCUUACCACCUCUCCCUUUACCUCAACCUCCCCCUCACAUAUCUCAUCUCCUAUCUCUCCUGUACUGUAGAGGUGUCCGACUCAGUGGACAUGUCACAGCCAAUGUACUGGGAUCGUCUGGACACCCCUCUGCCAGACAGACCAUGGAAGGAUGUCCUCGACUCUACGGAUAAGAGCCUGAAACAGAAGGAGAAGGGUCCCUGGACUGCACUGUCCAAGGAGGAGAAAAUUGCCUGUAAGCCCCUCCCCCUCGCAUUCCUUCUCAUGUCACAGCCUUCAAUCCUGCUAUUCUUAAAAUGUCUCCCUCUUUAUCCCAGUGUACAGGCUGAAGUUCAACCACACCUAUCCUGAGAUGAAGAGGCCCUCCCAUGAGUGGAAGACUGUCAUCGGUGGGAUGUUCAUCUUCUUUGGCAUCACUGGUCUGGUGGUCUUUUGGCAGGGCCACUAUGGUAAGACUUCUCAUGGUUGAUUGCUAAAAUUGAUAGACUUCCUCAAGCCAGUAUGACACAUGGAUGGGCGAUUGUUCCAUCCUCAAACUUGCUGUUCCUUUUUUAUCCUUUGUGUGUCCCACAGUGUACCCACCCCAACCUCAUACCUUUGGUGAGGAGUGGCAGGCUAAGCAGAUCCAGAGGAUGCUGGAUAUGCGGGUCAACCCAAUUGAGGGCUUCUCUGCCCAGUGGGACUACAAGAACAAACAAUGGAAGUAAAGGAAGGGAAUAGACCACUGCUGGAAGGAGGAACGGUUCGACUUGACACCUUGAGCCUCUGUUCAGCCAACAGCCUCCCCUCCCACCAUAGCGGCAAUCCAUCUGAAUCCAUUCUUACUGUUGAAGUAAUAAAUGACUAAAAACUGUUUGUUUCCUUCUCUCUGAGAAAAUAAGAGUAAUAUUAUGGGCUGCUUGUCCUCAACCUAAUUUCUGCUUUAGUGUUCCUGUGGUAGUGUGUCUGGUUUGGCCCCAAGUGAGUAUUGUGAGAUGUACCAUUGCCUUGGUGGUCCUGACACAUUCAACACUAACUAAAAACACAGUAGCCUAUAUUUGUUUUAUCCUCUUGCUGUGAAACUCUUGAAAGCAUAUUUUUUAAGGGAAUUUCUACUCUAAAAUGGUCCACCGUAUUGCAUGUAUAAAAACUGUAUUACUCCAUGACAACAAAAUAAAAUCAUAAUCCUUGUACCUUUUUGUGUUUUCCUUCCAUAAAUUCUGUCCUAACAUUGCAAAGAAUAUGACCAUUUUCAGUAGAAAACUAUUAAAUAGUCUAGGUGUGAAGAUGGAUGGCAAACAAGUUAAAGAUCAUGUAUGGCCUGAGACUCUGAGCAUCAUUACUACAGGUAAGGGACACCAUUAAAUUAACUUACAGAAUAAUAUUCAUUUGGAUGUUCUCUCCUUUAGGAUCAAGUCAUUAAUAUUUUAGAGUUUUCCUCAAUGGAUGUCUUCUUGCCUUUCCCCUUAUCCCUCCCAAACCACCAAAAUAAAAUGUCAGUGUUCCAAAUUGGUCUUUAUUCAGUUGCACGUAAAUCUAAGACAUUACAUUGGAAUAGUAAGACAUAGAAACAGACCAUUCAACGUGGCGUUUCUAGUUGUUUCUCUAUAAAAAAACGCAAAACAAAACACAAUGAAUUACAAAUGCACAAUGCAAAGAUGAAAUUUAAGACCAUUUGAAUGGACACAAUAUGCUUUACACCAAAUAUCAUAAAUAACAUUUUAAAGUCAUCAGAAAAGUAUCUUAAAUGUUACUAAGCUAUGAUACUAUUCUAAUUAUUAUUUAACCGGCUUUAACACAGUUGCAGCCGACAGUAUUUUUCAGUUACAACACGUUUCUGGCGUCCUUCUUCGGUUACACACAGGUGCUCCGAGCGCGCUAGCUCUCGAAAACCCGGUUAGCUUCCCCCACGGCUGGGCGUGUGAACUACAAUUCCGACGCUGUGUUAGAAACGUCAAAAAUCAUCGCUUGCAAAACAGUUUUUGAAACAUAUGGCCCUUAUCUUUCAUAUCAGCGAGAAAGAAUCUUUCAAAUAAAAAAUUACACUUAUCGUAACGUUAGCAGAUUUGCAGUGAUCCAUACACUAUUUGUGCCUCCAGUUGACCAACUGCGCUUCCUCCCCAGUUACGUUUACACACAGGUGUUCAGGGCACGCUAGAUAGCUCCGUAAACAAGCGCUGUAACAUGGAGAUAUGGCCGUAAGGAAACACUAACCCUUUCUUCUUCGAUGAGGUUUAACGGCGGUUGGCAUCCAAUACAUGUUGCAUUACCGCCACCCACUAGACUGGAGUAUAACGUCUUCUUCUUCUUCUUCUGUGGGUUUUAUGGCGGACAACCCUUUUCACAGCUUGUGCAUAUGAAAUGCUCUGUACAACCCUGACUUUGGACACGUCAUUCUCUUUUACCCUUGUGGGGCAUUCAGAAGACGUGGCUUCAUGAUUCCCACCGCAAUUACAACAUGUCACGUUUUCUUCACUUUUAUAACACAUAAUAUGAUCUUUUCCACAUCUUGUACAUCUCGGCUUCUCCCUUCUGCAAACACUUUCUACAUGACCAAAAUGUUUACAAUGUUCACACUGCAUUGUUCUUGGGAUAAUUGCUCUAACUCUGUAGUUAAUAUAUCCUAACCGCACUUCAUUAGGGAAAGACUCCAUUUCAAAAAACAAAAGAACAGAAACUCUUCACUUUUUCCCAAUUCACCACUCGAUUCAUCCGACGUGCUUCAAUCACUCCAGGAAUAUAUUUCAUCUCUUCCAAAUCUACUUCCCACGAAACGUCAGAUAACACCCUUAAUGGGUGCCCUGUUCCGAAGCGACACACACAACACUUCAAACUUCUCAAAUCGAUUAACACACAACGCACGUUCCUUCUGAUUCGCAGAAUCACAAAAUAUCAAAACAAGGCCGCCUCUCGUGAUCCUCACAAACUUCACUUUAACCAGAACUCUCUCCAGUUUGGAUAACUCAGAUGGUUUCUUCAAGAUUGGUACUCUGCUCAGCUGCUCCUUAUUAACAAACCGUACUCCUACUACGAAGGGUCAUUCUCAUCACUGUACCCUACUUUGCUCCGUUUUCCAUUAUUUUGAACAAUACUCCAAUUAUCCUUGAUUCUACCGCCAUUGUAUUCAGAUUCCACUUCAUCAUCCGCUUCCGCCAUCUUCCCUCUCGUCAGAAAAACUCGAAAUCAUCUACCCUUCCUCACAACAAUCCCAAACGACCACAAAGCCUCUUGAGCUGCUGUUAGCUAAUUUGACAAAGCUAUCGCGCUAGGAACAAGCAAAACAACCUCUGAUUCGUAUGUCGUGACAAGACACGCCUCCAAUGAGUCUGAGCGGAGUAUAACUUCCUUAUACUUUGCUUUAAAAAUAAUAAUAAUAAAUACAAUUUAAAAAAAGAAAUAAUACUACUAAUACCCUACCAUCUAACACUACACUCACAAAACAUUAAAAAGUAAUAAUAAUACAUUCCAUACUCCACUAGCCUGAAAGGAUGGGCCACUUAACACACCCAGUAACUCUUCUGAUGUCAAGUCUCGUACAGCCAAAUACCUCUCUGCAGCUGCCAUCACAACCUCUAUUUUCUGCGACUUACGUUCCAUCCCUGCAGUACAGUUGAUAACCAUCGUUAUAAAUGCCAAAAAUUAAAUCUUACUGAAACAUAUCACUUGUUGGUUUAUCCUGCUGUACUGGUACAGAUCUACUACUCACACCACUCCUCUCAGGAUCCCUCCCCCUUGACCCAUCUUCCUCUACUUUCUUCACUGCCUCAGCAUAUGACAACUUCUGCACUACUCUAACCCUGGAAACCUCAACCUUCCUCCCUCGCAUGGGACAUUUCUGAUCCCCAGCCCCAUAGGCACCCCUACAAUUAACACAUACCACUACUUUCCCCAAUGCUACACAUUCCUUUGUCUCAUGCCCUUCUGCACACUUCUCACACCUAGGAACCUCCCUCCUACACACUGCUGCCACAUGCCCAUAAGCUUGACACCUGUAACAACAUAAUGUAUUCGGCACAAAAGCUCGUACAGGAUAACUUAUCCUAACAUCACUUUGUCGGGCAAAGACUCAACAUCAAAACUCAAAAGAACAGACAAUGACUCUGUUUCUCCACUCACGCCACCCUGUCUGCGUCGUACCAAACGACAAGCAUCACAAACACCGGGAAUCUUCCCCUUCAGUUGGUCAGCUUUCACAUUUACUGCUAUCCCAGUAAUCACUACUUUCAAUGGCGCGCUUUUCUUGAGAGCAAAAACAAUUCACAUCUCUUUCCCCCAUUAGUUUAACACGGAGCGCCUGCUCCCUCUAACCAGCAGAAACACAAACAAUUAUCACAAGACCACUUCUGGUUACCCUCACCGAUUCCACAGCACCCAACUCUGUUUUCACCCACCCUGAAACCACAAAUGGAUCAGCCAAAAGGCAAGGGUCCACUUUUUCCAAAAACGUCACUCCUACUUUUACAGACUCAUCUUUAUCCUGACCCUCGGUGCAAGCCUCGGGCUCCGAGAACUUCACCACACCUACCACCUCUGAUACUUCGCCCUCAUUCACUUCCAUUUCUCCUCCUGUCUUCAACUCACUCUGCUUACACUUUCUACAAUUUUUCUUUAACAAACCAUCUCCCUUUUUUCUGCCAUUUUUAACCGACUCAAGCUCACCCUCUUCCUCCCUCUCUCUCUUAGACCUCCUCUGCCUCUCUUUUUCCCUCCAUUCCUCCUCCGUAUUCCAAGUAUAACUCUCAUUAUGAUAAUACUGCACUUCUCCUGACAUACAUCUUGUUCUUGCCUUGUCAAGGGACACCAUUUAAUCGGCUGUCACAAUCUCCGUACAAAUCAGCACAAACCCCUCGGGAUCAACCCUUUAAUGGUGUGUAGUAAUUUAACCUUUUGUUAUUUCUCUCUGAUUUGUAAGUUCCGCAUCCACUAUUGGAAGGAGGGAAACCCAAAACGGAAAAGGUAAAUAAACAAAAUACAAAAAUAAAAUAACAAAUGAAAAUCAGAUGUUGCCACCACAACAUCUAUUUUCUGGGAUUUACGUUGCUAUGAACACUAAUAAACCAACCUUACUGAAGCAUAUAUCACUCGUUGGCCUAUCCCUCUGUGCUGGCACAGAUCUACUACUCACAGGAUCCUUUGACCAAUCCUCCUCUACUUUCUUCACUGCCUCAGCAUAAAACACCUUCUGCACUACUCGGACUCUAGACACCUCAACCUGCCUCUCUCACACCUGACACUUCCGAUCCCCAUCAACAUGGGCAGCCCUACAGUUGACACACACAACUUUAUCCACCGAAACUACACAAUCCUGUGUCCCAUGCCCUCUUGCACACUUCCCACAUCUUGGAAUCUCCCUCCUACAAACUGCUGCGAUGUGACCAUAAACGUUGCACCUGAAACAGUGCAGUGGAUUCGCCACAAAAGCUCUAACAGGAUAACUGAUAUGUCCUAACAUGACUUUGUCGGGUAAAGACUCAGACUCAAAACUCAAAAGGACUGACAGUGACUCCUAUGUUUCACCACGCUCACCACCUGGUCUGCGUCGCACCAAACGACGGGCAUCACAAACACCAGGAAUCUUCAACUGCUCCACCUCCACACUUAACUCUACCCCAGAAAUCACUCCUUUCAAUGGUGCCCUGUUCCUAAGAGCCAAGUUGCGUGACACGGAACGCCCGCUCCCUCUGGUCAGAAGAAACACAAACAAAUAUCACAAGUCCAUUACAGGUUACCUUCACUGAUUCAACUGCACCCAACUCCUUUCCCACCAAGCUGUGCGAGCUGUCCAUCCCAGGACUCAUGUUUGCCCAGUGUGAGAGGCCUGACAAGGAGGAGGCCAUAGCUGGAUUUGUCUCCCGCUUCAAUCUUGGGGUUGACUGAAGCCAAGUGGGUGACUGAAGCCUGCCUGAUUGAAACAGGGUACAUGGGUCCCCCUCGUCUCCCACUCCCCUCCCCAUCAAUCUCUGUAGUUGGUUGCAUUUCCUAAAGCCUAAGUAAUUCACUUUUACGUGAUAUGAUAUCACAGUUUGUUACUUUGUGUUUUUUUUCUUUUUAAGCAUUCGGAUGGGAGAUGAGUGUUACAAAUUGUCCGACUCAAUGGGUCCUGCACACUGUAGGGUGGCCGGGUGCCUAUAUUAGGCUUAUGGCUCUAAUAUUCUUUUUUGGGGCCAAAUAAUGUCUCACCAUUAUUUCUCACCUUUAUUUCUCAUGAGUGUUCAUUUUGAUCAAUAUUUUGGCUGUGCUGGCCUAUUGUAAAUGAUCAAAUAAAUGUCUGAUCAAUUUAUACAAUUCUGAACAUAUUGUAAUUUAUAAUGCUAAUGCAGAGGCACCAAUAAAUUGUCCAGUACAGUUAUUGUAUGCUGUUUUCAUAUACAUUCCCUUAUGUCUAAGCUUCUAAGGUGACUCAGGCUUGACUAUUCUUGUGAAAAAUGUAUCAGUGAACUGUAUUCUGUAAUUAAUUACAAAACAAUAAAAACCAACAUUCUUUCCUAUUGUAAGAGGCAACUUGGUCGUCAUUUUUUUUGUUUCACAGAAAUAACAAAACAUGCCGAAAAGCUGCUUUGUUUAACAGUACAUGUAGCCAGGUCAGAAAUGUCUACCUAUGGUUCGCAAUGCUCCCAUUAAGAAAAUAGAGCCUGCGAGAAGAGCCCUGUGCCUUCAGGCAAAUGGAUGUGGGAGAGUGUGAAAUGUGCGGACGCGGUGUCCAAGUAGGCUACACGUAGCUGUGUGUGUGGAAAACAUUUAAUCACAGGUAAGACAUUUAACUUGUUUAGUACAGUCUAUUUGUAAAUCCCCUCACUACUUGUAGCUGUAUAGUCCGUUUGUUGUUGUUGUUGGUCUUGGCUAGCUUAAUGUUUUGGUCGGUAGCUAGCUAGUACUCACUCACUCAAGUGGUUGCUAGCAUCGUCAUGAAAAGGGGCAUGAGGGAAGCCCUACAAUAUUACGUUUUUCUAAGUAGUGAGAACACUAGGAAGUAGACAAUGUUGAAAAGUAAUCUUUAGACAUGUUGUACUUUUCUUAAAUUGAGUUUUGUAAUUGACUAAAAUCAGACAACAAGAAAAUUGCAUUUGAAAAGGGUCAAGUUUUUGCUGUGAGCCAAUGGGGUAACCUAGGUAACCACAGGUUGUUUUCCCCACAGGUGGACAGGGUCGCACAUUCUAUCUAAUACUGACUGGGUCUAUACUAUUUAGGCUCGGAAUUACGUGGCCCAUUGUUUACCUGGUCAUCAAUGACAUGCGGCCCAUUGUUUACCUUGUUACCUGGCAACGACCACAAGGGUGUUUCAAACAGAUGUCAGUCAAGGCGAGCUCAUGAAUAUAAACUCCCCGCCCACUCAGCAAGUUCUUUCAGGCUUCCUGAUAGUUAGAUGGCAGAAAAGGUACAAUUUCUUCAAUUCUGAGCAUUUUAAUAGUGUAAAAAUACACUGCUCAAAAAAAUUAAGGGAACACUUAAACAACACAAUGUAACUCCAAGUCAAUCACACUUCUGUGAAAUCAAACUGUCCACUUAGGAAGCAACACUGAUUGACAAUACAUUUCACAUGCUGUUGUGCAAAUGGAAUUGACAACAGGUGGAAAUUAUAGGCAAUUAGCAAGACACCCCCAAUAAAGGACUGGUUUUGCAGGUGGUGACCACAGACCACUUCUCAGUUCCUAUGCUUCUUGGCUGAUGUUUUGGUCACUUUUGAAUGCUGGCGGUGCUUUCACUCUAGUGGUAGCAUGAGACGGAGUCUACAACCCACACAAGUGGCUCAGGUAGUGCAGCUCAUCCAGGAUGGCACAUCAAUGCGAGCUGUGGCAAGAAGGUUUGCUGUGUCUGUCAGCGUAGUGUCCAGAGCAUGGAGGCGCUACCAGGAGACAGGCCAGUACAUCAGGAGACGUGGAGGAGGCCGUAGGAGGGCAACAACCCAGCAGCAGGACUGCUACCUCCGCCUUUGUGCAAGGAGGAGCAGGAGGAGCACUGCCAGAGCCCUGCAAAAUGACCUCCAGCAGGCCACAAAUGUGCAUGUGUCUGCUCAAACGGUCAGAAACAGACUCCAUGAGAGUGGUAUGAGGGCCCGACGUCCACAGGUGGGGGUUGUGCUUACAGCCCAACACCGUGCAGGACGUUUGGCAUUUGCCAGAGAACACCAAGAUUGGCAAAUUCGCCACUGGCGCCCUGUGCUCUUCACAGAUGAAAGCAGGUGCACACUGAGCACGUGACAGAGUCUGGAGACGCCGUGGAGAACGUUCUGCUGCCUGCAACAUCCUCCAGCAUGACCGGUUUGGCGGUGGGUCAGUCAUGGUGUGGGGUGGCAUUUCUUUGGGGGGCCGCACAGCCCUCCAUGUGCUCGCCAGAGGUAGCCUGACUGCCAUUAGGUACCGAGAUGAGAUCCUCAAACCCCUUGUGAGACCAUAUGCUGGUGCAGUUGGCCCUGGGUUCCUCCUAAUACAAGACAAUGCUAGACCUCAUGUGGCUGGAGUGUGUCAGCAGUUCCUGCAAGAGGAAGGCAUUGAUGCUAUGGACCGCCCGUUCCCCAGACCUGAAUCCAAUUGAGCACAUCUGGGACAUCAUGUCUCGCUCCAUCCACCAACGCCACGUUGCACCACAGACUGUCCAGGAGUUGGCGGAUGCUUUAGUCCAGGUCUGGGAGGAGAUCCCUCAGGAGACCAUCCGCCACCUCAUCAGGAGCAUGCCCAGGCAUGGAAGGGAGGUCAUACAGGCACGUGGAGGCCACACACACUACUGAGCCUCAUUUUGACUUGUUUUAAGGACAUUACAUCAAAGUUGGAUCAGCCUGUAGUGUGGUUUUCCACUUUCAUUUUGAGGGUGACUCCAAAUCCAGACCUCCAUGGGUUGAUACAUUUGAUUUCCAUUGAUAAUUUUUUUGUGAUUUUGUUGUCAGCACAUUCAACUAUGUAAAGAAAAAAGUAUUUAAUAAGAUUAUUUCAUUCAUUCAGAUCUAGGAUGUAUUAUUUUAGUGUUCCCUUUAUUUUUUUGAGCAGUGUAUUAUGGGUGAUGUUUUGGUCAUGCAAAGGCUAUUUUUACUUGGGAAAUAGGAUGACUGUGUGGGACCUUUAAUCCACUCAUAUCAGUAAAACAAAAUACAAAACAAAAACAAAAAACCCUCAGUCCUUCGAAAUACACUCAGAGCACUACUCAGAUGUGACAUGAGAGGAUGGAACUGCUGCUCCAGUCAGUAAGGCAUGCAGCCAUGCAUCCUUCAUUCCCAAGAAGCGUUCAGCUGCUGAUACGAUGAUAUCGAUCUUUCUUGAGUUCUUAUCCACUCCUGCAGUGCAGUUUAUCAACAUAGCAAUAAAUGCCAAACUAUCUACUUUCUUCAUGAUAAGGGUAUCUGGAUCCUGCACCUUGCAAAUGGCACCCACAGCACUGGACUGUGGUGUCUCCAGGACAACCAAACCACUAGAACCUUCUUUAAUUUUCUAGCUGCCUCUUCAUAGGAGACAUGCUGAACAUCUCUUAUCCUAGCCAUCUCUGCCUCCUUCACCCUUACAGGACAUUCAGGGAACUCAUGUGCAUGCUUCCCACCACAAUUGCAAUAUUCAACGUCAUCAUCUUCUGCAGCAAAAUAAUCACUCAAGUCAUACUCUCUGCAAACACUUGACACAAUGUCAUGCCCAAACACUUUGCAUUUGGAACACUGCAGUAACCUGGGGACAAAUGCCUUCACAGGGUAACUCACAUAUCCCAUCUUGAUAUGUGUAGGGAGCGACUCCUCAUCAAAAAACAGUAACACAGACGUACUCUUUAUCUUCUUUCCAUUGAACAUACGUGUCAAUCGUCAAGUCCCAACUACUUCAGAAUUGUUAAUCUUGAUCUUCUCAGCCCCAACCCACAAAGACUCCAGAAAUAGCACCAUUGAUUGGCUCCGAAAAUAGAAAGCAUUCACCUCUUUCUCCUUGAUUCUGUGGGGCGCAAUACACGCUCCUUUUGUUCUACCGACACAAAACAUCAAUAAAAUUCCACUCCUGGUCCCCCUCACAGAAUCCACAGAACCCAUCAGUUUCUUCACCAUCUUGGCAACAUCAAAGCGGAUCUCCCAGGUACAUCUUCUUAUCCUCAAACUGCACUCCUACAAAAACUGUGAAGUAGUUGCGCCAUGAGCAGUAGGCUAACUAGACAGCGUUUUAACUGUGAUUUUAGCUCUCUUUAUCCAUGCUUAGGCGACUAUAGUCCAUCCAGUAUUCUCAUCACCCUCAUUGUCAUCUUUGCUAGCGCCAUCAGAUUCAAACUCAGUAUCGGCUUCCGCCAUUCUCUCUCACACUGACAGAUCGCAACAUCUAUGGUUGGUGCAGCUCCCCUCAGCUACGGAUGUGGAAUGGCUCCAAUGCCAUUGGAGUCAUGAGAAGGGCUAGCCUUGCACAGGUGAGAGUGAUUGGUCAAUCAGUGCAUAGCCUAUAAACAGGUGUCAGAAGAAAUUCUUAAUCACUAUUUGAAGGUGAGCUUGUGCUUUUGGGCUGUAACUUCAGUAGCCAGUUACUUAGCCUAUGGAUUUGACUUGAGCUGCGAUUGCAAAUUAGUCUUUGAAGUCCCUAAAGAAGCUAGGCCAUUUAAUCUCAACCUUUGUUUUUACUGCAUUGCGAAGAGGGGGAAUUUCCGGGUUAUUGUUAAAAUACCAUGUCACUUUUCCAUGAAAGAGGGAGACUCUGGAUGUACUGAUCAGUUAUGUGGAGAUGUAUUUUUUUGGGGGAUAAAUCUUGUUCUGUCUCUUCCUCACCUGUCAUUCAGAUGCUUCACCUGACAAUAGGACGCGUGGGGUGCUUUCUUUCCAGGCGAGCGGUGGUGGCACUGACAAACAGUGGUGUGAGGAUGUCAAGCCAUGGCCACCAAGGUAUUCAUUGAUGUUGAACUGCAUGCAUAAUUGUCUGUUGCAAAAAUUGUUUAUUUUCAGUUCAAAUAUGUAUUAAAAAAAAGUAUCACAAUACACAGCCUAGUUCAGGUCUCUCCAACCCUGUUCCUGGAGAGCUACCCUUGUGUAGGUUUUCGCUCCAACCCCAGUUGUAACUAACUAGAUUCAGCUUAUCAACCUGCUAAUUAUUAGAAUCAGUUGUGCUAGAUUAGGGUUGGAGUGUACCUACAGGACAGUAGCGCUCCAAGAACAUGGUUGGAGAGCCCUGGUGUUGUGUGGAGAGCCCUGGUGUUGUGUAGAGACACCUUUAGUCAUGCUAGGUACAUUUGAAAUAGCAUGACCUGCUGUGCCAUUGCACUUAUCAGCAGAUUGUGGUGCAUUUCAAGUAGUGAAUGGAGCUACAAGCACAAAUACCUGAGGCCUUUACCGCAAACUCCCCUGCACAUACUUUCUAUCAUCAACGAUGUGUCCUGUCUCCUGUAUUGUAGAGGUGUCCGACAAAGUGGACAUGUCCCAGCCAAUGUACUCGGAUCGUCUGGACACCCCUCUGCCAGACAGACCAUGGAAGGAUGUCCUCGACUCUACGGAUAAGAGCCUGAAACAAAAGGAGAAGGGUCCCUGGACUGCACUGUCCAAGGAGGAGAAAAUUGCCUGUAAGCCCCUCCCCCUCUCAUUCCUUCUCAUGUCACAGCCUUCAAUCCUGCUAUUCUUAAAAUGUCUCCCUCUCUAUCCCAGUGUACAGGCUGAAGUUCAACCACACCUAUCCUGAGAUGAAGAGGCCCUCCCAUGAGUGGAAGACUGUCAUCGGUGGGAUGUUCAUCUUCUUUGGCAUCACUGGUCUGGUGGUCUUUUGGCAGGGCCACUAUGGUAAGACUUAAUAAUCAAUUAAUUAAAGGGUAUUUUAACAUUAGGAGCAUGCUCUCCACAGUUGCACGACAGAUGCCUCAUUCCUUCAACCUUAUGCUGUGUCUAAACUAUUUUGAUGAAACUGCAUUUCUCAUGGUUGAUUGCUAAACCUCCUCAAGUAAUUAUCACAUGGAUGGGCGACUGUUCCGUCCUCAAACUUGCUGUUCCUUUUUUAUCCUUUGUGUGUCCCACAGUGUACCCACCCCAACCUCCUACCUUUGGUGAGGAGUGGCAGGCUAAGCAGAUCCAGAGGAUGCUGGAUAUGCGGGUCAACCCAAUUGAGGGCUUCUCUGCCCAGUGGGACUACAAGAACAAACAAUGGAAGUAA